AGCGGCAGCGCCCUGCCCGCGCCCCUGGAGGCCACCUCGGGAAAGAUGCUGCUCCACCUGUUCAGCGACGCCAACUACAACCUGCUGGGCUUCAACGCCACCUGGGAGCUGUCGCUGUGCCCGGCCGGCUGUAGGGGCCGGGGGCUCUGCCUGUCCCGGGGGCUGUGCCGCUGUUCCCCGGGCUGGGGGGGCUCCGACUGUUCCCAGCCCGCCUGUCCCGACACCUGUCACCCGCCCCGGGGAACCUGCAACAAGGAUUCGGGGCUGUGCGAGUGCCAGCCGGGGUUUUUGGGGUUCUCCUGUGAGCUGUCCCUGGGGGAUUCUCGGGGUGAGGGUCGCUGGUACCGCCUCAGCUCCGGGGACCCCCAAUUCCGACCCCGAACGGCGGCAGCCGGCGCCGUCCUGCCCGGGACCGGCAUGCUCUACGUCUUUGGGG